UUCUCCUCCCCCCUAGAGCGGCGCCUCAGCGGGGCAUUAAUGCGGGAUGAGCGAUCAAAAGAAGGAGGAAACUAUGCCCACAGAGGGAGAGAAAUCUCCCGAGGCAGAGAAUAACAACAAUAAUAAUAAAAAAGGGAAAACUGGAGGCUCACAGGAUUCUCAGCCUUCACCUCUCGCUUUGCUAGCAGCCACUUGCAGCAAAAUAGGAACUCCUGGUGAGAAUCAAGGAACUGGACAGCAGCAGAUUAUUAUAGACCCAAAUCAAGGUUUGGUGCAGCUUCAGAAUCAGCCACAGCAGUUGGAAUUGGUAACAACUCAGCUUGCUGGAAAUGCUUGGCAGCUCGUUGCCGCUGCUCCUUCUGCUUCAAAAGAAAAUAAUGUUGCUCAACAAGGAUCUUCUGUUGCCUCAAGCGCAGCAAGUCCCUCCAGCAGUAACAAUGGAAGUGCAUCUCCUUCAAAAACCAAAUCGGGCAAUUCUUCUACAACGACCCCUGGACAAUUCCAAGUCAUUCAAGUACAGAAUCCAAGUGGUAGUGUCCAGUACCAAGUGAUUCCACAGAUUCAGACAACAGAAGGUCAAAUCAAUCCAUCAAAUGCUACUGGUCUACAAGACAUACAGGGUCAAAUUCAGCUUAUUCCUGCAGGGAAUAAUCAAGCUAUUCUCACAACCGCAAACAGGACAGCUUCAGGAAAUGUUAUUGCUCAAAACCUAGCAAAUCAGACAGUUCCAGUCCAAAUCAGACCUGGUGUUUCCAUACCACUGCAACUGCAAACUAUUCCUGGUACUCAGGCACAAGUUGUAACAACGCUGCCUAUAAACAUUGGUGGGGUAACCCUGGCUUUGCCUGUGAUUAACAACGUUGCCACUGGAGGAAGUUCAGGGCAAGUUGGCCAGUCUACUGAAAGUGGAGUUUCCAAUGGAAAUCAGCUGGCAUCUACACCUGUCACUUCUGCGUCUGGUAGUACCAUGCCAGAGUCUCCUUCCUCCUCUUCCACCGCUACAACCACUGCCUCAACAUCUCUGACUAGCAGUGACACACUGGUAAGCUCUGCAGAAACAGGCCAAUACACAAGCACAACUGGUAGCAGUUCAGAGCAGGCGACUGAAGAACCUCAAACAACUGCUACGGAUUCCGAAGCCCAGAGCUCCAGUCAGCUUCAGUCCAACGGACUACAGAAUGUCCAGGAUCAGUCAGGUUCCCUUCAACAGGUCCAGAUCGUAGGUCAGCCUAUUCUGCAGCAGAUACAGAUCCAGCAGCCUCAACAGCAGAUCAUUCAGGCCAUUCCUCCACAGUCAUUUCAGCUCCAGUCAGGCCAGACUAUACAGACCAUCCAGCAGCAGCCUUUGCAGAAUGUUCAGCUUCAGGCUGUGAGCCCAACUCAGGUGCUCAUCAGGGCUCCAACUUUAACACCGUCAGGACAAAUCAGCUGGCAAACUGUGCAGGUUCAGAAUCUGCAAAGCCUUUCAAAUCUGCAAGUUCAAAAUGCUGGGUUACCCCAACAACUAACCAUUACCCCUGUGUCUUCAAGUGGUGGCACAACCAUUGCCCAGAUUGCUCCGGUGGCUGUUGCUGGUACUCCCAUCACUCUGAAUGCUGCCCAGCUUGCUUCAGUACCUAAUCUUCAAACAGUAAGUGUUGCCAACCUGAGUGCUGCAGGUGUUCAAGUUCAAGGAGUUCCUGUUACCAUUACCAGCGUUGCGGGUCAACAGCAAGGACAGGAUGGAGUAAAAGUACAGCAAGCCACAAUCGCUCCUGUGACUGUAGCAGUAGGUGGCAUUGCUAAUGCAGCAAUUGGUGCUGUUAGUCCCGAUCAGAUAACACAAGUGCAGCUUCAACAAGCUCAACAAGCUUCUGACCAGGAAGUGCAGCCUGGCAAGCGACUGAGAAGAGUUGCCUGCUCGUGUCCCAAUUGCAGAGAGGGAGAAGGAAGAGGCAGCAAUGAGCCAGGAAAAAAGAAACAGCAUAUCUGCCAUAUUGAAGGAUGUGGAAAAGUUUAUGGCAAGACAUCUCAUCUUCGGGCACAUCUGCGCUGGCAUACUGGUGAAAGACCAUUCGUCUGCAACUGGAUUUUUUGUGGCAAGCGAUUCACAAGAAGUGAUGAGUUACAAAGGCAUAGAAGAACCCACACAGGUGAAAAGAGAUUUGAGUGCCCAGAAUGUUCUAAAAGGUUUAUGCGAAGUGACCAUCUCUCGAAACACGUCAAAACUCAUCAGAACAAGAAAGGUGGUGGAACAGCCCUUGCUAUUGUUACCUCAGGAGAACUGGACUCUUCAGUUACUGAGGUUCUUGGUUCUCCAAGAAUUGUCACUGUUGCUGCCAUUUCUCAAGAUUCAAACCCAGCAACUCCUAAUGUUUCAACAAACAUGGAAGAAUUCUGAAAGGAUCAUUUAUAUGGACACCUAGUGCUGCACUUAAGUUUACAUACCUUUCAGGAUAUGGAAGUGGGCUGGUAAAGUGGAUUACAGAGCAGGAAAUCUUUUUUUCAGUCAUGACUUCUGUAAGUGUUCCAGGUUGGAGGGUCAGCAUGGGAAGUGUACACCGGUGCAACAAGACAAAAAUUUCAAAAAUACAAACAGCGCAAAUUGAUGACUGGAUAAACAGAUAGAGGAAUAAUAUUUCCAUACUGUACUUUUUUAGUUAUAUGUCUGUAUAUUCUGUAAUGAUUUUAAGUGAACUCUACCCCCCUAUUUUAGCACUGUAUGUUAAUGUGUUUAUAAAAGCAGAUAGUGUCAAUGUAAAAUUGGGUGGAUCUUGACUAGGAUUAAUACCAUUUGAUGAAGGCACUUUGUUUUUAACAUAGAUUUGUAAUAUUUUCAUGAUAUCAUCCUUUUCCCAUAAGGCACAGCAAAACAGAAUACAGGAUGAACGACAGUGGAUAUAUUUUGGGGUUUUGCUCAGUCCAUACAACACAUCGGUUAAUUUUGGCCAUCUUUUCUCAAGUUUUGGAAUUACUCAAAUAGCAGCUGGGUGAUGCAUGCUGCAGAGUGGUUCUGAGGUGGGCCUCAGAUUAAUUUUGACUACUACAUUAUAGUAGUGUGUAUAAAUGACAAUCAGUGAGUUCUAAUUCCUCCCUUCGUGUGGAGAGCUAGGUUAUGUAGAAUUAGUGUAAACAGUAGGAAAGAUAAAACCUUAAGAUAUUAACAUAAGAUUCACAAAAGUGAUGGUAUCUUUAUGUAGAAUGAAAAAAAAAAAUUGUGUCAAUUUUUGGUAAUUCAUUUCAUUUUAUAUUUCCCUGCCCAUGGCAAGGAGGUUGGAACUAGAUGAUCUUUAAGGUCCAUUCCAACCCAAACCAUUCUGUGGUUCUAUGAUUCUGUAUUUUAAAACAUCUGUGGCCCAUUUCUAACUCAUAGAUAACUUGAAUCUUGAAAACUCAACCUUAGGUGUUUGAAUGUUUUAAUUUUGUUAGAAUUCAUGGAAAUUAAUCAGACAACUGAGUGUUGUCCAGUGUCUCCUCUCUGUAAAUACUAGAUUAUUAUGUUGUGGAUAAUGUGCUGAGUUCUUUGUGCUUUGACUUAAUAGCCAAAGAAAAGAAUUAAUUGUCACAUUUUAAUAAGAAAAUAAGUAAGUAAACAUUUUAUCUUUCCCCUUAAAUAUUACCGUCUCUUUUUUUCUAGUCCAGGAUAAUAUGUAGGCUGGUAAUAAAUAUCUGUUGCCUAUCAAGUCUUAUAUUGACCCUCUAACCACAAAACAAACUGGGAAAAGAGAAAUAUUAUCAUCCUUUUGGGACAUGACUUUUGGUCUCAAAGGUUUGAUUACAUUUUCAGAUGUGACAGUGAAUAUCGAGGAAAUAUAAAAAAAAAAAAAAAAAAAA